AUGUGCGGAAAGGACAGCGGUGUCGAGGAGCGGAAGCUUCAGCAUCCGCACCGUGUACAGCAGUUCACCGCAGGGGUUGCGCUUUCUGAUAUUGCAACCGCAGGUGUAGUAGGUUUCACCGCCGCCAUUCCCAUUUCCAUUGUGGACUACAGUAUCAUGGCUCGCGUUGCCGGCGUGACGAACAGCAGUGGACGUGUGUUAUGGGAGGGCAUGAGAACACUGUUCCUGCGUCCACACCGCUUUUUCAUUCCGUGUGCAGAGAACAAAUGCGCUCCAGUGUUUGGUGCGUGUUUUACGGUAUACAGCCUUACAUUCUGCACUUCUAACCUUACGAAGAGCUAUUGUGAAGCAAAAGGUUACACACCUGAGCGGUCCAAUUUAAUCACGGGUUUAGCCGGCGGCGCCACCAACACACUCAUGACCAUGUGGAAAGAUAGCCUUAUCCUUCGCAUCCUGCCCCCAGUAGGGGGUGCAUCUGCGGGUUCAGGGCGGCCUAAACCAGUGCCGUGGUUGACACGUGGCCUUUUUGUUGGCCGUGAUGUCUUCACAUGUUUAGCCGCUUUCACCAUCACACCCAUGGUGGCAACGUGGUUGACAAAUUACUUCUGGAAUGCCAAAGAAAAUGCCAAACUCACUCAGCCGCGGCCGCUGGAGGGGAAGACGCAUAUUCCGCUUGCGACCGUCGACCUCGCGCAGCUCAUAACGCCCACAGCACUGCAGACAGUUACAACAUUUAUGCACAUUUUUGCCAUUCGUUACCGCCAGACGUAUCCCAACUUCACAUUUGGUGAUCUUUCAACGAGCUUGCGGGAAACGUACCUCUCUUCGUUGAUUCUGCGCAUUGUGCGUAUUCUUCCGGCGUUUGGUGUUGGCGGCAUUCUCAACCGCGAACUUCGUUCUGAUCUUCAGGACCGUGUGGAAGGUCCGGCAUACCACUAA